GCAACCAGUCCUGCAGCUCUCAGCUUGCCUGUCCCCGGUGCACCUUGGCUGAUCCCAACAGGCAGAGCUUCUUCCAGUCUUGGAAGGCACAAAUUGAGCAUCAGGAACGUGGACCCAUCAGGGCUGAACAGCUACUCAGGAUCUAAAGUGGAAAGCUGACGGUGACUUGGGAAGGGAGGUCGCCAAUCCGCGAUCUGGAGCCCCGCAAGUGCCACCGCUUCUCGCUUUCCAGCUGCAGCGCUCACCAUGGAGUCCCCCAUUCAGAUCUUCCGAGGAGAGCCAGGCCCUACCUGCUCUCCCAGUGCUUGCCUACUCCCCAACAGCAGCUCUUGGUUCCCCAACUGGGCAGAAUCCGACAGUAAUGGCAGUGUGGGCUCAGAGGACCAGCAGCUGGAGUCCGCGCACAUCUCUCCGGCCAUCCCUGUUAUCAUCACCGCUGUCUACUCUGUGGUAUUUGUGGUGGGCUUAGUGGGCAAUUCUCUGGUCAUGUUUGUCAUCAUCCGAUACACGAAGAUGAAGACCGCAACCAACAUCUACAUAUUUAACCUGGCUUUGGCAGAUGCUUUGGUUACUACCACUAUGCCCUUUCAGAGUGCUGUCUACUUGAUGAAUUCUUGGCCUUUUGGAGACGUGCUAUGCAAGAUUGUCAUUUCCAUUGACUACUACAACAUGUUUACCAGCAUAUUCACCUUGACCAUGAUGAGUGUGGACCGCUACAUUGCUGUGUGCCACCCUGUGAAAGCUUUGGACUUCCGAACACCUUUGAAAGCAAAGAUCAUCAACAUCUGCAUUUGGCUCCUGGCAUCAUCUGUUGGUAUAUCAGCGAUAGUCCUUGGAGGCACCAAAGUCAGGGAAGAUGUGGAUGUCAUUGAAUGCUCCUUGCAGUUUCCCGAUGAUGAAUAUUCCUGGUGGGACCUCUUCAUGAAGAUCUGUGUCUUCGUCUUUGCCUUUGUGAUCCCCGUCCUCAUCAUCAUUGUCUGCUACACCCUGAUGAUCCUGCGCCUGAAGAGUGUCCGGCUCCUCUCUGGCUCCCGAGAGAAGGACCGAAAUCUCCGCCGCAUCACCAAGCUGGUGCUGGUAGUAGUUGCAGUCUUCAUCAUCUGUUGGACCCCCAUUCACAUCUUUAUCUUGGUGGAGGCUCUGGGAAGCACCUCCCACAGCACAGCUGCCCUAUCCAGCUAUUAUUUCUGUAUUGCCUUGGGUUAUACCAACAGCAGCUUGAAUCCUGUUCUCUAUGCCUUUCUUGAUGAAAACUUUAAGCGGUGUUUUAGGGACUUCUGCUUCCCUAUUAAGAUGCGAAUGGAGCGCCAGAGCACCAACAGAGUUAGAAACACAGUUCAGGAUCCUGCUUCCAUGAGAGAUGUGGGAGGGAUGAAUAAGCCAGUAUGACUAGUCGUGGAAAUGUCUUCUUAUUGUUCUCCAGGUAGAGAAGAGUUCAAUGAUCUUGGUUUAACCCAGAUUACAACUGCAGUCUGAAGUGGAAAGGUGAGGUAUUCAGUCACUUCGACAUGUCAUACUCUGAAAUAUUAAGGUGCAGGGCACAUUAGUGAUCUAGUUGAGUAGGGUCAGCAAGUCUGAAGAACAGAGCAUAGCAGAUCCUGGCAACAAUACACCUCUUUCCUAGGACAGAGAAGAAGCCAAUCCAAUUUUAAUCCCUUGAGAAACAAAGACAACACUCUUUCUUUUGGUUUCUUUGAUUUGGUGGAUGUCCAUCUGUGUGGCCUUUCUAUGCAACAUAAUUCCAAAGCUCUAGAGAAGAAAAUAAAAGAAAAAAAUCCAUUGGAUACAAAACUUACUGGACACCCAACCUGCCUGUUGACACUGGCAAAACCAACUUCAGUUACAUUGAGGCCAUAUCAAGGGUCAUAUCCAGCUCACUGUCUUCUGGUGAUCAUGUAUCAUGUGUGAUGAUAAUAGAAUAUCUUAGGAAGAACUUGGAUUCAGACCCUGACACUGGUGGAGAGCACCAUAUUGACAUUUGUGAACCUAUUUAGAGUUGCUGGUGUUGUCUUCUCACAGUGUCUAAUGCCUUGAAAACUACAGUUGCUCCUUAAGAUCUCUGGUUUGUAGCAUGCUAUUCAGGUAGAUAGUCUUCUGAAGAAACACGAACUGAUAUAAAAAGUGUGAGGCUUAAAUACCAGCAAAGGAUGUGUAAUUUCAUCUGUAAAUAGUAGUCUGUAUGUAAAUAAGUACCAGGUUUUCUUGUCCAGCCUGAACAUUUCUCAAGGAUGCACAAGACAUAGCCCCUGAGGCAUGGAGAAUUGAGGAUUAGAUAUUUUGUUGCAAUAUAAUUUACUCUCUGGAAUUUGGACUUGGUAUGAUUUCCACUGGAUUCCUCAAAUACCAUUUACUCUAACUUGGUGUUAACUUAUCCCUAAACUUUGAAUUCACUCUAAAAUGUUAGCUUUGAUCAAAUGUACUUUGUGGUAGCAUCUGUUUGUAAACACACACCAAUUGCCAGAUUCUCUACUCUCGUAGCAGAAGUUGAUUUGAUCAUGCACAUCUUUUAAUAUUAUGUUCUGGCUUUCCACAGAAAGUAGAGUUCUUUCAAAAUGUGUGCUGAAAAAGCAAAUGGGGCUUGAGAUGGCUGAGCACAAUUUGCAUGGUAUUGAUUAAGGGGGUACCUGUGGAGGGUACUAUCUGAGAAGCCCAUUUAGGAUAAUUUUGCUAAGUCUUCCAAAUGACACAUAAAUUCCCCAUUCUUUCCUUUAAAACUUAUAGUUCAGAGAUAAGAAAGUUUUUUUUUCAAUUUUCCUUGAAAGAAAAAGAAAAGGAUAAUUUAAAAAUAACACCCCUUUCUAAGCUUGUACAUGGUUAGAGCAGCACCCUUUAGAGUCUAAAAGAGCAUCAGAUGUGUGAACCUAAAUACUGUAGGCAUAGUUCCAUCUGUAAGUUCUCAUCACCAGCUGUCUCACGGGUGUUGCUCCUUCACUUUCUGGAGACAGAGGGCCUGCAUAAAGAUAUGACACACUCUACAAAGUCACUGUCCUUAUGUUUAACUCCAUAUGACAGCUUUAUGCUUCUGAAUUUGAUGGUGAAUAAUGACAUUGUAGAGAUACUUCUUAAUGAAAAUUAAGUGCUCUUUUGAGUAUAUCUUAAAUUUCACUGAGUACCUUGAUGCUGUGGAAUUCUUUUGUAAUGACAUGGCUAGAAUUUAUUAAGAGAAAGGUAUUAAUAUAGAUUUAAAAGUGAAGUCUAACACAGGAACAGAGAACUGUAAAAGAGGGACAGUCACAUGCCCUAGAGUAGACACAAUUUUCUUUUAAAACUUAUUAUUGUUAUUAACUAUUUUUCACGUGAAGGCAUACAUUAUGACAUGCAUAUCGAUGUCAAAGGACAGCUUUCACAGUUACUUCUCUUCUUCUUUACAUGGGUUCUGGGGAUGGUACUCACAUUGCCAGUCUUGCACUCUCAAGUGGCAUGUGCCUUUACUCACUGAGCUAUCUUACCAGCUCAGAAUGCAGCUCUCUUAUAAGAGAAAGUCACCACCCUUGCAUUCUUAAAACUAGAUACAUAGAUAAGAAUGACUUAAACAUUGAGAAACAUUAACCCAAUAGUUUAAAACUUUAGCUAUUAUGCUGAAGAGAUAUUUAUGUGGACCAAACAGUUCCAGAAUCAAUCCUACUGAAAAUCUUCUAUAAGACAGUAAGAUGCAGGAGAUGUUCAUAAAUCUCCCUCCCCCCAAAAAAACCCACAUACACAAGGUAGUUAUCACAUUACCUCAGGAUGGAGUUAUAAUAGUGACUUCUUUAGCAUUCCAUAUGCUCUCCUAAUCUCUCUAUUUCCUGCAAUUCUUGAUAACUAAGUUGGAAUCCCAUGGAGAGAAAGUGAGUAUCGGAAUAGCAGGGAGGGAGAGUGACAUGGAGGGGAGAGUGACAUGGAGGGAGAGUGACAUGGAGGGGAGAGUGAC